GUUGAGACUUGGCAGCUCGCCUCCCCCUGCCCAAGGAUAUUUAAUUUGCCUCGGGAAUCGCUACUUCCAGAGGGGAACUCGGGAGGGAAGGCGCGCGCGCCUGGAGGGGCAACCUGGGGACCCCUGGCCGCUGUCGCCCGCCUGCUCCGGACUCCGGCUCGGGCGGGGAGAGAUGCAUCUACACUCCUUCCCAGAGACUUGGCUCUGUGAGGAUCCGGGCUGCACAGACGCCGGACGCACUGCCUCUCCCCCGGGUGUUUGCAUGAAACGCCCGUAAACUCUGGCCGGGGCUCUCUCCUCGUCGUAGCCGCAGCGUCCUGCUUGGGCUGCCCCUUCCCAGCGCGGAGGGGGCGGCGUGGAUUUCGGAGUCGGGGUUUUGGCCGCCUCCAGCCCUGUUUGCAUGCGCGGGGCCUCGGCGAGGAGCCUCCGCCCCCCACUGGGUGGUUUUUCGGCGCCUCCCUCUGCUCGGCGGAGGUGGUGGCGGCAGCAUGGCGAGCCCUACGGAGACCGAGGGCUUCUCGGACGUGCGCAAGGUGGGCUACCUGCGCAAACCCAAGAGCAUGCACAAGCGCUUCUUCGUGCUGCGGGCGGCCAGCGAGGCGGGGGGCCCGGCGCGCCUGGAGUACUACGAGAACGAGAAGAAGUGGCGGCACAAGUCGAGCGCCCCCAAACGCUCGAUCCCCCUCGAGAGCUGUUUCAACAUCAACAAGCGGGCUGACUCCAAGAAUAAGCACCUGGUGGCCCUCUACACCCGGGACGAGCACUUUGCGAUCGCAGCGGACAGCGAGGCCGAGCAGGACAGCUGGUACCAGGCCCUCCUGCAGCUGCAUAACCGCGCCAAGAGCCACCACGACGGGGCCUCGGCCCCCGGGACAGGAGGCGGCGGGGGCAGCUGCAGUGGCAGCUCUGGCCUUGGCGAGGCUGGGGAGGACCUGAGCUUCGGGGACAGCAACCCCGGGCCCGCCUUCAAAGAGGUCUGGCAGGUGGUCUUGAAACCCAAGGGCCUGGGUCAGACAAAGAACCUGAUUGGUAUCUACCGCCUCUGCCUGACCAGCAAGACCAUCAGCUUCGUGAAGCUGAACACAGAGGCGGCCGCAGUGGUGCUGCAGCUGAUGAACAUCCGGCGCUGUGGUCACUCGGAGAACUUCUUCUUCAUCGAAGUGGGCCGUUCCGCGGUGACGGGCCCCGGGGAGUUCUGGAUGCAGGUGGAGGACUCGGUGGUGGCCCAGAGCAUGCACGAGACCAUCCUGGAGGCCAUGCGGGCGAUGAGCGAUGAAUUCCGGCCUCGCAGCAAGAGCCAGUCUUCCUCCAACUGCUCCAACCCCAUCAGUGUCCCGCUGCGCAGGCACCACCUCAACAACCCUCCACCCAGCCAGGUGGGGCUGACCCGCCGCUCACGCACCGAGAGCAUCACGGCCACCUCUCCGGCCAGCCUGGUGGGCGGGAAGCAGGGCUCCUUCCGUGUCCGCGCCUCCAGCGACGGGGAAGGCACCAUGUCCCGCCCGGCCUCAGUGGACGGCAGCCCCGUGAGUCCUAGCACCAACAGGACCCACGCCCACCGUCAUCGGGGCUGCUCGCGGCUGCACCCCCCACUCAACCACAGCCGAUCCAUCCCCAUGCCUUCUUCUCGCUGCUCGCCUUCGGCCACUAGCCCUGUCAGUCUGUCGUCCAGCAGCACCAGUGGCCAUGGCUCCACCUCUGACUGUCUUUUCCCGCGGAGAUCUAGUGCUUCUGUGUCUGGUUCCCCUAGUGAUGGCGGUUUCAUCUCUUCGGAUGAGUAUGGCUCCAGUCCCUGCGAUUUCCGAAGUUCCUUCCGCAGUGUCACCCCAGAUUCCCUGGGCCACACCCCACCGGCCCGCGGGGAGGAGGAGCUGAGCAACUACAUCUGCAUGGGAGGCAAGGGGGCCUCCACUCUCGCCGCCCCCAAUGGUCACUACAUUUUGCCUCGGGGUGGCAAUGGUCACCGCUACCUCCCAGCCACGGGCUUGGGCACGAACUCGGCCCUGGCUGGGGAUGAAGCAGCCGGCGCUACAGAUCUGGAUAAUCGGUUUCGAAAGCGGACUCACUCAGCUGGCACCUCCCCCACCAUUUCCCACCAGAAGACCCCAUCGCAGUCCUCCGUGGCUUCCAUUGAGGAAUAUACAGAGAUGAUGCCUGCCUGCCCACCAGGAGGUGGCAGUGGAGGCCGACUGCCCGGCUACCGCCACUCCGCCUUCCUGCCCACCCAGUCCUACCCUGAGGAGGGUCUGGAAAUGCCCCCCCUGGAGCGCCGCGGAGGCCACAGCCGCCCAGACUCCUCCACCCUCCACACGGAUGAUGGCUACAUGCCCAUGACCCCAGGAGUGGCCCCAGUGCCUGGCAGCCGGAAAGGCAGUGGGGACUACAUGCCUAUGAGCCCCAAGAGUGUGUCUUCCCCGCAGCAGAUCAUCAACCCCCUCAGACGCCAUCCCCAGAGAGUGGAUCCCAAUGGCUACAUGAUGAUGUCCCCAAGUGGCAGUAGCUCCCCCGAUACUGGGGGUGGACCCAGCAGCAGCAACAGUGCUGCCCCUUCUAGGAGUAGCUAUGGGAAGCUGUGGACAAAUGGGGUUGGGGGCCACCACUCCCACCCCCUGCCACCCUCCAAACUACCCUCGGAGAGCAGUGGUGGGAAGCUCUUGCCUUGUACAGGUGACUACAUGAACAUGUCACCGGUGGGGGACUCCAACACCAGCAGCCCCUCUGACUGCUACUGCGGCCCUGAGGAUCCCCAGCACAAGUCCGUUCUCUCCUACUGCUCAUUGCCAAGGUCCUUUAAGCACACCCAGCGCCCGGGGGACCUGGAGGAGACCGCCCGGCACCAGCACCUCCGCCUUUCCUCCAGCUCUGGUCGCCUUCUCUAUGCUGCAGCAGCCGAAGAUUCCUCCUCCUCCACCAGCAACGACAGCCUGGGUGGGGGAUACUGUGGGGUGAGGCCCGAGGCCAGCCUCCCGCAUCAUCUCCACCAUCAGGUCCUGCAGUCCCAUCUGCCUCGAAAGGUGGACUCAGCUGCGCAGACCAACAGCCGCCUGGCUCGGCCCACGAGGCUUUCCCUGGGGGACCCCAAGGCCAGCACCUUACCUCGGGCUCGAGAGCAGCAGCAGCCGGCCCUACUGCUUCCUCCAGAGCCCAAGAGCCCAGGGGAAUAUGUGAAUAUCGAAUUUGGGAGUGAUCAGCCUGGCUACUUAUCUGGUCCCGUGGCAUCCCACAGCUCGCCUUCUGUCAGGUGUCCGUCCCAGCUCCAGCCAGCUCCCAGAGAGGAAGAGUCUGGCACUGAAGAGUACAUGAACAUGGAUCUGGGGCCUGGCCGGAGGGCUACCUGGCAGGAGAGCCCUGUGGUCCAGCCGAGCAGAGUGGGUCCUGCACCUCCAGGGACUGCCAGCACAUGCAGGCCUACCCGGGCAGUGCCUAGCACUAGCACUCGGGGUGACUACAUGACCAUGCAGAUGGGUUGUCCCCAUCAGAGCUACGUGGACACCUCUCCAGUUGCCCCUGUCAGCUAUGCUGAUAUUCGGACAGGCAUUGUGGAGGAGGCGAGCCUUCCCGGGGCUAUAGCGGCUGCUCCCUCCUCAUCCUCAACAGCCUCUGCUUCCCCCACUGCGCCUCAAGGAGCAGGGGAGCUGGCGGCCCCGCAGGGGUCCGGGGGCACGAGUGCCUUCACCCGGGUGAACCUCAGUCCCAGUGGCAACCAGAGUGCCAAAGUGAUCCGGGCAGACCCGCAAGGGUGCCGGAGGCGGCAUAGCUCCGAGACCUUCUCCUCCAUGUCUAGUACCCCCCGGGCCGGCAACACGGUGCCCUCAGGGGGGGCUGCAGUAGGGGGCAGCAGUGGUGGCAGCAGCAGCAUUGAGGAUGUGAAACGUCACAGCUCUGCUUCAUUUGAGAACGUGUGGCUGAGGCCUGGGGAGCUCGGGGGAGCACCCAAAGAGCAGGCUCAAGUGUGUGGGGCUGCAGGGGGUUUGGAGAAUGGUCUGAACUACAUAGACCUGGAUUUGGUCAAGGACUUCAAACAGCACCUCCAGGAGCACCCCCCUCAAGUGCAGCAUCCCCAGCCCCCAACCCUUCGUCAUCCUCCGGGCAGCAGUGAGAGCAGCUCUACCAGCCGCUCCAGGGAGGAUGUAAGCGCCUAUGCCAGCAUCAGUUUUCAGAAGCAGCCAGAGGACCUCCAGUAGCUCAACUGAACAUCACAGCAGAAUGAAGACCUAAAUGACCUCAGCAAAUCCUCCUCUAACUCAUGGGUACCCAGACUCGAACUAUUUCAUGAUUCACAACCAGGACCUCACACCUUCCUCCUCUGUAGAUGGUACGAUGCCUCCAUUUCAGUUUGUUUACUUUACAAAUCCUCAGGAGUCCGUUGACUGAACUGCACGUUCUUCAUUGUGCCAAGCAAAACAAGCACUGUGACACCGGGACAAGGAGUCUGCAUACAUUUCAUCUUCAACCGUAAGGACUUAGCUGGCCACGUGAGCUGCUGUGCCCCCCAUGCUGCGAGAGAAUGGGUUUCCUCUCAUCACCAUCUACACGAUACAUUUCAUCUGCUGCUGAAACUGUGCGACAGAGCAUCGUUGUAAAUUAUUUCACACAAAACGGUUCACGUUGGGUGGAGAGAGUGUUAAAUAUUUAACGUAGGUUUUGAUUUAUAUGUGUAAUUUUUUUAAUUAAAAUGUAACAUUUCUUACAGCGCACAUUUUUUUUUUUUUGGAUGUGGAACUGAGGUAUGCAAUGUUCUGUUGUAAAGAGUGGAGCAAAUGCUUAAAACAAGGCUAACAAGAGUAGACUAGGGUACAGCCCUUGUUUUAAGAUUGUAACUCAGAAAAAUAAUAUAAGAAUCAUAGUGCCAUAGGUGGUUCUCAAUUGUAUAGUUAUAUUUGCUGAUACUAUCUCUUGUAUUAUAGCCCUGGUGUUGAGUUGAGAUCCUUACAAGAAUUGAUCUUAAUUUUAUAUUUUUCCUGUAAGGCAAUAGGCCAUGUUAAUUGAACUGAAGAAGGGUAUAUAGUCUACUGGGUAUUUUCGAGUGUCAGCUUAACAUUGGCAAUUGAUUGGAAGCCGAAAGGUAAGAAAAGGAAAUCAAAGUCUUCCAUUGUACAUACUGUACAGAAAAGGAGACAUGGGCAAUCCCUUCAAAUCAAAAGCUUUCUUUGGAAUGAACAAUGUGGGUGUUUGUAAAUUCUGGAAAUUUCUGUCUAUUCAUAAUAAACUAGAGACUGUUGAUCUUUUCUUCUCCCCUCCCCCCAUUUCUGUAAGCUUCCUGCUACAUUGCACCAUUUUCUUCUGUGCACACAUUAGGAUGUUUCAUUUCCUAUACUGUCUCAAGAAAGAUACUAAGACAAGUGAGUACUUGUCUUUAAUUUCUAACCAGAAAUUAAAAUUCCAGAAACUUUUAUUUUUUA